UAUCAGAAUACAUGUAUCAAAUCGUCGUCAGUACAAGAUUGAGUACACAUUAGGGGCCAUAGAAAUGAAAAUCUAUACUGGCCGAAACUAUUCAAAAUGCAAGGAAAUAAGUCCCUAGCUGCGUCAAUAUUCGCGCCGAAAACGCCUGGUCCCUCGAACCCAAUUCCAUCUUCGUCUCCGGCUUUUGGAACACCUGCCCAUACUCUCAAACCGUUUGCUAUAGCGCCACCAACCAAGGCCACCAUCCUACCGAUUCUCCUCCCGCCCGCCACUUUAAGACCUCUAGCAUUCCGAACUUUCACGAAAAAGCACAGCUUAACUCUAACCUCGACCGCCCUACAAGAAUUAGCAACCUUCAUCGGCCGACAUUGCGGUUCAGGAUGGCGUGAAGAGGGGUUAGCGGAGAAAGUCUUAGAGGAGGUGGCUAAGAGCUGGAAGAACCGAAAUGGAGGCGUUAUAGUGGAUGGUUCCAGUCAGGAGCUGAAAGAAAUCCUGAAAACGCUAGAAGGAAAUAUGAGUGGUGGUAGAAUAUCAACAGGACGGGAACUAAAUCGACAGAAUAGUCUAGCCCUAGACUCCAGCCAGGAGCUCGAUUUAUCAAACACAAGACUAGGACUAAGGCCGGCAAAGCAUCUAUCUCGCAAUGACACCGAAACAAGUUUUGGUAUAUCAGGGUUAGGUGUUGAAGAAAACGAGCCGGACGAGGAAGGCUUAAAUCAUCCGAGGCAUUGGUUGAAGGUUGUGAGUGCAUACGAUCAACCGCGCAUGCUAUACAAUGUUACAAAAAAACACUUUGAAAAGGACCCGUCUAAACCAUCUCUAAUGCCACCAGCAUCCCACAAGACGACUUUAUUCCGAAAUAGAUAUAAUGUCAUACACCAAAGACUUCUCCGAAACGAAUCCUUUCAAAGCUCGACCGUAGCCACCACAAAAGCAGCCCCAUCCCUAAAACGAUCUAAUUCUUCCAGUCUCACGACCCAACAAACCUACAAAAUCACACCAAUCGCAAACCUCCUCGGCCGACAUGGCAGCCACCAUAUGCUUCUGGGUCUGCUAUCGAUCCUACCAACAGGUGGCCUAGCGAUAAGCGACCUAACGGGAACUAUCUCGCUCGAUCUAUCGCAAGCCGUAGCCCUACCCGAAGACUCGGCAUGGUUCACUCCCGGCAUGAUCGUACUCGUCGACGGCGUUUAUGAAGAAGAGGAAGAAUCAACAGGCAAGGGCCUUGGCGGUAGCAACGGUGUAGGCGGCAUAAUCGGCGGCCGCUUUCAGGGUUUUUUCUUAGGUCAACCGCCGUGCGAAAAGCGCAAGGCAACCCUCGGAGUUAUCAACGGUCCCGACGACCACACCAUCGGUGGCGGGUUCGGAUGGAUCGACUUCCUAGGCGUAGGAAGUGAGCGUGCCGUCGGCUCCAAAAUGCGCAAACUGGAAGCGCGUCUCGCCCGACAAGCUCGACAACAGGCUGCCCUCGCCGACCCCGACUCCACCAUCACCUCCACCUCCGCAACCCCGAGCCGCACCCGCGUCGUCAUCAUCGGCGAACUUAACCUCGACCAACCGCGUGCCCUACAAGCCCUACAUAAAAUCCUAACUCUCUAUUCAACCGAGCCCGAGGGCUCCACACCCAUGUCUUUCGUGCUCGCUGGCAACUUCACGCGGCACGCAGUCAUGGCUGGGGGAGGCGCUUCCGGCGCCUCGGUAGAGUACAAAGAGUACUUCGACGCGCUAGCCUCCGUGCUCUCGGAUUUCCCCACACUUUUAUCGACAUCCUCAUUCGUAUUCCUCCCCGGCGACAACGACGGCUGGGCCUCCGCUUUCGGCGGAGGAGCCGCCGUCCCGUUGCCUAGGGGCAAAGUACCGGACAUGUUCACAAGUCGCGUCAGAAGAGCGUUCGCAGCCGCAAACGCGGAGGCGGGGAUCGCCCCCGGAGGAAAAGAAGGAGACGGAAGGAAAGGCGGCGAGGCGAUUUGGACGACGAAUCCGAGCAGAUUAUCUGUGUUCGGUCCGAGCCAUGAGAUCGUGCUCUUCCGCGAUGAUAUGUCGGCGCGGCUGCGACGCACGACGGUGCGGUUGAAAUCUUCCUCUAGAUCCGCGGAAGAAGAAGACGAGUCUGCGCACCCGGACAAUGAUGACGACGUGGAUAUGGCGAAUGCGCUCGACGGCGCGGAUUCAAUGGACGUUGAUUCCGCGCCGAACAGACACGCGAAAUCCGACCCGGAGAUCCCGCACGACGUGCACUCGGCACGUAAGUUGGUUAAGACGGUCUUGGAUCAGGGAUACCUGUGUCCCUUCCGCCACGCGAUUCGCCCUGUGCAUUGGGACCAUGCCGGCGCGCUGCAUUUAUACCCGCUGCCGACGGCGAUGGUGCUCGCGGACCCGACGGCGCCGCCGUUUUGUGUCACGUACGAGGGGUGUCAUGUCAUGAACCCCGGCGCUGUGCUGGUUACGGGGCGCAGAGGCGUGGGGCGGUGGGUUGAGUAUGAGUUGGGGGGCACGGGACGGGUGAGGGAGUGUUUGUUCUAGAGGGUGAGGGGAAUGUGGGUGUUUAUAUCUGAAAUGUUCAAUGUUAAAAACUUGGAAGGCAUUCGUAAACGUGAUGAUGAUGGAUGGGGCAUAGCAUGGCAUUCUGGUAAUAAUAC